AUGUUGCUGAACAUUCUAUUACUUACGCUUGUCUGGAUGAGCCGUCCUAUACUUGUUUGCGGAAACAUCUCACCUUUCUUUACCCGCUAUCUGCUCAGGUCGUCAGACUACAACGCAGGGGACAGUAUACGAAGAGCUUUUAGUACCUCCGGCUCAGAAAAGAGAGACACCAAGAAAGAGAACAGCACUUCCCUAGACAAAAGCUGGGAAAAUGCUAUAUUGUUUGCUUAUACGGCUGAGCAAGACCUAGAUUCUAAGCAAGGGAACACCUCCAUUUUAGCCGGUAUAGAAAUAACAUGCACAGCAUGCUAUAUCAAAGGAACAGCCACGACCAGAUUCAUCUCCGAUAAGGACUUCAACAUCAGCCGGGCUCUGGAUGAUUUAACGGAUCAAGUCGAGAACGAUAUCUACAAUUUAAGGACCGAAGUUGCGAAUUACACAAAGGAAUAUAUAGAUCAGGUAACAGAUAACCUGGAAGAUGGAUUAGACAUGGACGAUUUCAAUCUGCCAACCAUGAAUUUCGACCUCAAUAUUGAUCUUCCUGAGAUUCCAGAGUUCCGAAUCGAAUUCCAAUUCGAUGACUUAGAGGUGUACAUGCUCGUUGACACAGUAUUAUCUGCUGGUGCCACCUAUACUCUGAACUUGUAUACCUCUACUACGCCUGCAGGGUUUGCAGUUCGUCACAACCUGGAAGUUGGUGUCAUCUUCACUGUUGACCUCAUUGUGUCUGUAGAAGGUGAAAUUGAUAUCAGUACCGGAUUCCAUCUAAAGCUAGAUGAUGGCGUGACGAUUGAACUUGGCAUCUUCUCUAAGGAGAUAUCGAAUAUGGUUAUCAAUGGUGGCGAGUUUGAAUUUCUCCCAGUCACUGUCGAGAGUGCUGGUGUAGUGUUCAAGGCUGUCCUUCGUGUGGGGAUACAAGCGGGUUUUGAAAUAUCAUCAUCCGACGUAUCUAUUGCUGGAAAAGACAUAUUUCGUAUUGGUGCUGGCAUUGAAACGGGCGUUUAUGCUAAUAUUGCUGAGCUGAUCACUAAUGUCACUCUUUCCACGGAAGAGGACGACCAAUGCGGUCUUCGCGUCGAGGAAGCAUAUCAACUUGCUGUCGGAGCUGCUGCAGGAGCUUCGGUUGCCAUUGAAGACAUAACGUGGGGACCAGCUGUCGAAACCGAAGUUCCUAUCUUUUAUACUACGUUGGCACAAGCUUGUGCCGUGCAAAGAAGCAGUGGCGCGAUAUCUGCAUCCCAGGCAACCCUGACAUCUGCUGCCCUCGCAAUAAGAGGUGAGGAUGAAGAUGAAGCGGAGAUGGAGACAACUACGAUCUCUGAAGAAGCGACUUUCAUUGCUGUAGCAUGUGAGUCGGAGGGACUAGUUAAUUGUCCAGCAUCCCUUCAGAAAACGUCCAGGUAUACAACUACUCGAACACAUGUCACUGUAGUCCCGACCGACAGCGAAGCCUUUUUUCCUGAGUCGGUCAGAUUCACUUCUGUGAGACCAAUUCCGUUUGGAGACUCUGCAAGGAAGUUGUUUACAACAUCAGGCAUUCCCGAACCCUACGUUCCGCAGCCCCCGACACAUUCGGCUACCACCAGCGCAACUGAUGAUGAUGGUGAUGGUAAUGAAAAUACCAGCUCAAACGCAAAGAGCGGAAGAUUGUCUAAUAGUGUCAUCAUCGGUCUGAGCGUCGGGCUUGGAGUACCUUUUCUCUUGGGCGGAAUCGCUUUCAUUUUGUAA